AUGCAACUGAUAUCUCCCCAAAUCAAUGUCUCAAAUUUGCCUAAUCUCUCUAUAUUUCAUCAGCCCAUUCGCAUACCCCAUUUCCCAGUUCGAAUUCCCCAUAAUAAAUGCAGCCCAAUAACUGCAACUGCUGCAGUGGUUAAAGGGUCGGGUUUCCUGUCAGCAAUUGGGAGGACAAUCGAAGAGGAAGAGUACAGAAAAGCUAGGGCUGAGGUGAAUAGAAAGGGGUUGGGUUUAGAAGGCUAUUCCGUUGAAGGGUUGUCGAUUGGUGGACAUGAGACGUGUGUUAUUGUUCCUGAAUUGAAGUCUGCUUUUGAUAUUGGGAGGUGCCCUUCUAGAGCUGUUCAGCAGAAUUUCGUGUUUAUUACCCAUGCUCAUCUUGAUCACAUUGGUGGACUUCCAAUGUAUGUAGCAACUCGUGGUUUAUACAGCUUAAGACCUCCAACGGUGGUUGUGCCUCCCUGCAUAAAAGAGGAUGUUGAAAAGCUAUUUGGUAUUCACAGGACCAUGGGUCAAGUGGAACUGAACUUUGAUUUGGUUGCUUUGGAUGUAGGGGAGACGUAUGAAAUGCGGAAUGACCUCGUUGUACGACCAUUUAAAACUCACCAUGUUAUACCCAGCCAGGGUUAUGUUAUUUACUCUGUUAGAAAGAAGCUGAAAAAGCAAUACAUGCAUCUAAAAGGAACGCAAAUUGAGAAACUGAAGAAGUCUGGUGUUGAGAUCACAGAUACAAUCUUGUGCCCCGAGGUAGCCUUCACAGGAGAUACAAUGUCAGAUUUUUUCCUUGAUCCACGAAGUGCUGAUGCCUUGCGCGCAAAAAUUCUUAUAACCGAAGCGACAUUUUUGGAUGAAACUGUCAGUGUUGAGCACGCACGAGACCAUGGCCAUACCCAUCUAUUUGAGAUCAUAGAACAUGCUAAAUGGAUUCGGAAUAAAGCCGUAGUAUUGACUCAUUUCUCAUCCCGCUAUGAUAUUGAGGACAUUCGACAAGCUCAGUUGAAAUUGCAGUCUAAGGUGUCGGCCAAAGUGGUCACUCUAACAGAAGGCUUUAAAUCAAAGUACUCCUAG